AAAUGAAGUUUUAUCUUCUUUAACAUGAGGUCAAGAUUCUCUGGUUGUUAAUAUAUAACGAGAGACACGGACAAAGGCAAUGACUUUCUUUACCCUAAGUUACUAGAGUGAUCACAGAGCAAAGUGUCUGUUUGGUCUCAAAGCAAUCGUCUGUAAUGGAGGUGAUUCACGCAUGGUCUGCUCCAAGAUCACUCAGCACCUCUCUCAUGUACUCCUUUGCCCAGAGAGAUGACACUGAAGUGCUGGACGAGCCAUUAUACGCUGCAUAUCUUAAAUCUACAGGUGCUGAUAGGCCAUACAGAGAUGAGCUUCUCUCUAAGAUGGAGUGUGAUGGUGAAAAGGUGGUGAAGGACAUCAUUUAUGGUCCAGGAAACAAGAAAUAUAGGUUCUGUAAGCAUAUAUCGAAACAGCGACUUCUUGGUUUGCCAAGUGAGCUAAUGAGCAAAGGGAAGCACUUUAUCUUGAUACGCAAUCCUCUUAACAUAAUGCCUUCCUUUGAGAAAGUACACCCUUUAUCAUUUGUUGAACUGGGAUUGGGAGAGUUAGUUUCGAUAUACAGCGAUCUCUGUCAGAUGGGAACACCACCAGCAAUAGUCGACGCAGAUGAGCUUCAGCAAGAUCCAGAGGGUACAUUACGUGGUAUGUGCAAUGACUUGGAGAUACCGUUUCAAGCCUCUAUGCUUAAAUGGGAGGCUGGUCCAUUGCCAGAAGAUGGACUAUGGGCUUCAUGGUGGUACAAGACUGUUCACAAAUCAACAGGGUUCUCGUCUCCAAGGAACUAUCCUCAUACAUUCCCUUUGAAGCAUUACGAUUUGCUGGAGCAAUGUUUACCACUAUACAACAUCCUCAGGCGCCACGUGAAGCACAAGUCAUCUCUCUUGACCAGCACCUUAACUCCUCCCAGUCUUCCAGUUCCUGAAAACGCUAAGCUUUUCGCUUGGGUUGGUGAUGAGAUUGUGCCACGUGAGAUGGCGAAGGUUUCUGUUUUUGACUCGGUCGUGCAAGGAGGUGACUCUGUAUGGGAAGGUCUUAGGAUAUACAAAGGGAAAGUAUUCAAACUUGAAGAACAUCUAGAUCGGUUGUUUGAUUCAGCAAAGGCUCUGGCUUUCAACAAUGUCCCAACCAGGGAGGAGGUAAAAGAAGCCAUCUUCAGAACUCUCAUAACCAAUGGGAUGUUUGACAAUACACAUAUAAGACUGUCUCUAACUCGAGGCAAAAAGGUCACCUCUGGAAUGAGCCCUGCAUUUAACCGUUAUGGAUGUACUCUGAUCGUCCUGGCUGAGUGGAAACCUCCGGUAUAUGACAACGAUGGUGGAAUUGUGCUGGUGACUGCAACUACACGCCGCAAUUCACCCAAUAAUUUGGAUUCUAAGAUUCAUCACAACAACCUCCUCAACAACAUACUCGCAAAGAUUGAAAGCAACAAUGCCAACGUUGAUGAUGCAAUCAUGCUUGACAAGGAUGGCUUUGUGUCUGAAACCAAUGCAACCAACAUUUUCAUGGUAAAGAAAGGCCGAGUUCUCACUCCCCGUGCAGAUUACUGUCUCCCUGGCAUCACCCGAGCUACUGUCAUGGAACUGGUAGUGAAAGAGAAUUUCAUCUUAGAAGAACGAAACAUCAGCUUGUCGGAGUUCCAUACAGCUGAUGAGGUAUGGACUACAGGAACUAUGGGAGAACUUAGCCCGGUUGUGAAAAUUGAUGGGAGAGUGAUCGGUGAAGGAAAAGUAGGACCCGUGACAAGAAAAUUGCAAAGUGCUUACAAGAAACUGACGGAUGAUUCUGGCGUCCCAAUACCUACUUACCAAAAGAACCUUGAACCAUCAUGUGUUUGAUCAGUAGAACAUAUAAGGUAACUUAGCUAAAUGUGUUAUUUCAAAGAUUUUUCGGUAUGAAUCGCAUGCUUAAGCUUAUAUAUUUUUCAAUCAAACGUCAUUUGUUUCACAAGAAUGAUAAUGUUUGACUCAAAAUUAAGGGUAUAAACCAAAAAAGAGUCCCAAUUAAUCUACU